CACCGUCUGCUUGGCGAGGAUUGGCCUGUGGUCGGGAGGCGGGGCCUUCGCGCGACGCAGCGGCGGGCUGCGAUUGGCCUAGGCCGGGGACCCGCUGCAGGCGUGCUAACGAGGCUCUGGGCGCGAGGACCGUGCGGGGCGGCGGGACCGCGAGCCAGGGGGAGGGGCCCGGGCGGUGGCGGUGGCGGCGGAGGUGGUGGCAGCGGGGGCCGGUACUGGACCCGGCGGGAUGAGUGAGGCGGAAGCGGCGGUGGUGGCUACAGCGGCCCCCGCGGCGACGGUGCCCGCGACGGCGACAGGGGUGGUAGCGGUAGUGGUACCGGUGCCCGCGGGAGAACCGCAGAAAUCAGGCAGCGGAGCAGGCGGCGGCGGGGGCGUAGCCGCCUCAGGCCCUGCUGCUGGGACCGCCACGGCGCCGGGCUCCCGCACCCCUGGCAACCCUACAACGGCAGCCUCAGGGACCCCCGCGCCCCCAGCCCGGAGUCAGGCGGACAAGCCGGUGCUGGCAAUCCAAGUCCUGGGCACUGUCAAAUGGUUCAACGUCCGGAAUGGUUACGGCUUCAUCAACAGGAAUGACACCAAGGAAGAUGUCUUUGUACACCAGACAGCUAUAAAAAGAAACAACCCCAGGAAGUUUCUGCGCAGCGUUGGCGAUGGGGAGACUGUGGAGUUUGAUGUCGUGGAAGGAGAGAAGGGUGCAGAAGCUGCCAAUGUAACUGGGCCUGGAGGGGUGCCUGUGAAGGGUAGCCGCUAUGCUCCUAAUCGACGUAGGUUCCGCCGAUUCAUCCCCCGGCCUCGCCCAGCUGCCCCACCACCCAUGGUGGCAGAGGCUCCCUCUGGGACAGAACCGGGCAGUGAAGGAGAACGAGCUGAAGACUCCGGGCAGCGACCCAGACGACGGCGCCCACCACCUUUCUUCUAUCGACGACGGUUUGUGCGAGGCCCUCGGCCCCCCAACCAGCAGCAGCCUAUAGAGGGCACUGAUGGUGUAGACCCCAAAGAGACAGCUCAACUGGAGGGGGACCAACAGCAGGGAGAUGACCGGGUGCCACCGCCCAGAUUCCGGCCCAGGUACCGAAGGCCUUUCCGCCCCAGGCCACCCCAACAGCCCACCACAGAAGGUGGAGAUGGUGAGACCAAGGCCAGCCAAGGCCCCACUGAUGGUUCCCGGCCUGAGCCUCAGCGCCCACGAAACCGCCCCUACUUCCAGCGGCGACGGCAGCAACCUCCUGGCCCCCGGCAGCCCACAGCCCCAGAGAACUCAGCCCCCAUCAACAGUGGGGACUCGACCACCACCAUACUGGAGUGAUUCCAACUCAAAGGACACCCAGAGCUACCAUCUGGUAUCUGCCAGUUUUUCCAACUGACCUACCCAGCACUCUCCUGCCCCCUUUCCGUAAUUCAUGUCAUCAAAAUACUGGCUUUUCCCCUUUUCUUUGAGACUCAGGAGGGCUAAAGCAAAAGCCUUUUGUUUUUGCUUUUUUUUUUUUUUUCCCCUCUUCCCUACCAAGGGCUAAAGAAAAGGAUCCGUCCUUAUUGUUCAGAGGCGUGAACUCCCACCCUAAGUCAGGCUGAGAAGGAACCAGCCAGCUCUUACCUCCUGGUUGUUUUUCCCACUCCAGUUUAUUUUUUGUUUCCUCUUCACCCGUACCUCUGAAGCCAUUUAGUGAACUGUCAUGUGCCACCUGAGCCUCCAGUAAAAACAAAAACGGGCUUUCUUGU